CAAGUUUAAGGCCAGCCUCAGUAAUUUAGUGAGGCCCUCAGCAAUUUAGCAAGACCCCGUGUCUCAAAAUAAAAAAAAAUGAAGAGGGCUGGGUAUGUAGCUCAGUGGUAAAGCGUUCUUGGUUCAAUCCCCAGUAACAAAAAAAAAAGGAAAAAAGAAAAAUUUCAAGUCACAACAGAUCCAGUUUUUGCUUUUGCUUUUUAAAGUGCUUUAAUAAUGCCUCAGGUCUACUUAGUGGAAAAUAGAAGAAAGAGGAAAACUGCUUAUAAAACUUGGCCUCACACGCUGCCUGGGUUUUCAUAAGUCUCCAGGCUGAUUACACUGUGCAGCCUUCCUUAGGAAAUGGAUGGAAGUUUGAGCUGAGACACAAACAGGAAGGCUCAGAGGCAGCAUUUGUCCCUCAGGCAGGCACCACCUCUUUAAAUAGCUACGUGCACUGGGAAUUAGUUCUCCACUUAGACUAGCAACUACUGCCCUUUGUUCUGGCCCUGCAGGGCUGGAGGUGGCCAGCACUGUCCUGCUGGAGGCUGGGACAGCCCUCAGCGGGUGUGGGGCAGUGAAGGCUGGCUGGAGAUGGCCUCCCAGCCUCUGGGCCAUGAGGAGACACCUUAGCAGAGAUGUUUUGUGCUUUUCCCUUAAGAAUAUCAUCCCCAAGACUUUUAACCUGCUAAAAGAAAAUCCAUUCCUCGCUGCCGAAGAAUCAACAGGAUGCUCUCCAAUGAAUCCCUACAUUCUCCUGCAUUCUGCCGCUCCAACUCACAAGCCUCCAUAGACAGCACCUCCAUGGAGGAUUUCUGGCGGGAAAUAGAAAGCAUUAAAGAGAACAGCGUGGGAGGGCAGGAAGAGCAGCUGCCGGCCGAGGUCAAGCCUGUGGAUGAAGGAGAACUUGAAGCUGAGUGGCUGCAAGAUGUGGGUUUAUCAACUUUGAUCUCAGGCAACGAAGAGGAAGAUGGGAAAGCCCUGCUCUCUACAUUGACUCGAACCCAAGCAGCUGCGGUGAAAAAGAGAUAUAAUACCUAUACCCAAACCCUGAGAAAAAAGAAUAAGCAGUCUGUCAGGGAUGUCAGAGACAUCUUUGGAGUUAGUGAAUCUCCUCCAGAUGAUGCUUGUGACAACCAUACUGCUCAGUUGGGUGGCACUGAGGAAGAAAAAGAGGUACCAGAAGUUAUCCAAAUGAGUGGUCCUGUGCCAGAUGAUGCUUCUCUCAGCAGUACUACCCUGCCCAAUGGGUCCCGGAAUGAAGAAGGGAGUUUUGUAGAUCCUAGGAUCGGCUCCAUGCAGUCCAUACUGGAGGCUAUUCCAGAUGUACCAGUUCAUUCCAAUGGGUCUGCAGAUGCGGGGCAGUCAGCUCAUAGUGCAUUGAGUGAUGAUUAUCUGGAAAAGGACAUUCCAGCAGAGACUGAAGAGGUGUCCUUUGAAGUAUCUUAUUCAGAAAUGGUUACAGAGGCUCCAAAAAGAAAUAGAUCUAAGAAGUCAGAGAUUAAGAAUGAAGACUAUGCUUUAACUAAACUCACUGUUCAGAAAACCAGACUUGGCUUAACCGAAGCAGGAGACCUAUCUGCUGAGGACAUGAAGAAAAUUCGCCAUCUCUCUCUGAUUGAAUUGACUGCCUUUUUUGAUGCAUUUGGAAUUCAACUGAAAAGAAACAAAACAGAGAAAGUAAAAGGACGAGACAAUGGGAUUUUUGGAGUUCCACUUACAGUCCUCCUGGACAAUGACAGAAAGAAAGACCCUGAAGUGAAAGUUCCCCUUGUAUUACAAAAAUUUUUUGAGAAAGUCGAGGAAUCAGGUCUGGAAUCUGAAGGAAUUUUUCGACUUUCAGGAUGUACUGCCAAAGUCAAGCAAUACCGUGAAGAACUGGAUGCCAAGUUUAAUACUGAUAAAUUUAAAUGGGACAAAAUGUGCCAUAGAGAAGCUGCAGUAAUGUUGAAAGCAUUUUUCAGAGAACUGCCCACCUCUCUCUUCCCUGUGGAAUAUAUACCUGCCUUCAUCACCCUAAUGGAAAGAGGGCCUCACAUCAAAGUGCAGUUUCAAGCCUUACACCUGAUGGUCAUGGCACUUCCUGACGCCAACAGGGAUACGGCCCAGGCCCUCAUGACAUUCUUCAAUAAAGUGAUUGCCAAUGAAUCAAAAAACCGAAUGAGUUUGUGGAACAUUUCCACUGUAAUGGCACCAAACCUUUUCUUCAGCAGAAGCAAACAUUCUGACUAUGAAGAAUUACUGUUAGCAAACACUGCAGCCCACAUCAUCCGCCUAAUGCUUAAGUACCAGAAAAUUCUAUGGAAGGUUCCAUCUUUCUUAAUCACCCAAGUAAGGAGGAUGAAUGAAGCCACCAUGCUGUUAAAGAAGCAGCUCCCAAGUGUGAAAAAGCUGCUCCGGAGGAAGACUAUAGAACGGGAGGGUACAAGCCCCAAGACUUCAAAGGUACUACAAAAAUCACCCUCUUCUAGAAGAAUGUCUGACGUGCCAGAAGGAGUCAUAAGGGUCCAUGCUCCUCUUCUCUCUAAAGUGUCCAUGGCCAUUCAACUGAAUAGUGAAACUAAAGCCAAAGACAUAUUGGCGAAAUUUCAAUAUGAAAACAGUCAUGGUUCAUCAGAGUGUAUUAAGAUUCAGAACCAAAGAUUAUAUGAAAUUGGAGGAAAUAUAGGACAGCAUUGCUUGGAUCCAGAUGCAUAUAUUUUGGAUGUAUAUCAUGUAAAUCCUCAUGCAGAAUGGGUGAUUAAGCCCCAAGCGAGUCUUUGAAGAUGGCUGCUAUUCUGUGUUCUAUGCCAAGAAGAUCCUACAUUUUGUGGGGGAAAAUAAGAUUGCCUUGACAUGUUUGUUCCCAUAACCCUGUUGUGUUUCUCAAGGAGUGGUAUCUCCAGCUUUGUCCGCUUGAACUAUGGAAGAGGAGCUGGUUCACCACUUAAGCUGACCUUCAUCACGUUUCCUUGAUAAAAGGAAAGCAGAUGUGAUGCUUCCAGAAGAAAGGUCAAUGGAGAAUACAGAACUCUAAUCAUUUCUAGUAUUCAACUUUGCAGCAGAAAUGAACUUGGUCCUGUACCUGGGGAUCAGCAACACUUCUUGAUGUAGCCAAUGCUACCAAGCAUAAGAAGUGAAAAAGACCCUUUUUUAUAUUUGUGUUUAUACAUAUAUUGACCUCUUUUAAGCGAGAAUGCCAGAAAUAGCCUUACUUUCUGCCCUACAAAAUAAUCUAGAUCUACUUUCCAAAGAGAAUCGGUUUAUAAAGUGACACAUUUUAUCAAUGCUCUGACUUGUCUCUGAAUUGGGGGAGGAGGACCUUUGGUCUAAAGAAAACUGUGGUGUUAAAUAUGUUGUGCCAUGCUACCUGAUAACCCUUAACUUCCUGGUGCAAAUGAACAAUUCUCUGUUACUGAAUAUUGAAAAUUGGUAUUUUUUUGUCUUUUUAUUUCUGGUACUGGGGCUUGAACUCAGGACCUCACAUGUUAGGUAUUUGCUCUACAACUGAGCUAUACCCCCACCCCCUUUUUUAAAUUUUAUCCUAAGACAGGGUUCUGCUCAGUUGACUAGGCUGGCCUCUAACUUGCCAUCCUCCUGCCUCAGCCUCCUGAAUAACUGAGAUUAUAGGAGUGUGCCACUGCACCUGGCUCCAAAAUAAAUAUUUUGUAGUUUAUUGUCUUAUGAGCACAGAUCCCCAUUGUAAAGCUCAACUUGACAAAGAGUAUCUUCUGCUCUGCAAGAGCAUAAAACAAAAGCCUUUGUUUUUGUCAGCAGGCACAGAGUCUUUUCUCAUCAUGGUUAUGGUGCUCAAUGAAAUCCUCUCAUAUGCCAGGCAACAAUUUCCUUUUUUGAUCAAACAACCUAAAAACACAGACCUGCCUUUAUCCAAGAGUGCUGAAAAAUACUAUUAGAUCCAGUUUUAUAAGCUGCAAAAGACUUUGCUUUUAUUUAUUAAUCAUAGACAUGGCUAAGCACUGUGGGUUAGCAUAGGGCCAUAGAAUCGGAUGAUCAGAUGGUGCGCUGAGAACUCCCCCGCUAUCAAGAUCUCACAGAGCUAUUUUCCAGACUCGAGAUUGGCCAGAACACACAGUCCUCGUGUUUCUAAUUUAGAACAAAUCUGAAAUGUGCUGAGGGAUUGGAUAGUGCUGCCUUUCAUCUUGAGAUUGCAGAUAGGGUCCUCUUAGGGAUAAGCCUGAAAUGGGGACAGAGUUCUCAUUUAUCCCAGACACAUACUCUAACUCAGAAUUCAGAUUGAGGUUUUGAUGGAUUUGUAUCAGAUUAAAUAAGAUUUAAGGCCCAAGCCACAUUCUCAUGAUUCAAAGCUGAAUCACAAAUACAGAAAAACGUUUGUUAUUUAUUUAUCAAGUCUCAAACAUAAUGUUGUAACAUUCAAAGUGCAUAUAUGGAAGAAAUCUUUUAUAUGCUACAUUAUGCCUUGACGUCUACAAAAAACAUUAUUUAUACUCAGCGUGUAGAUAAUUGCAUUUCUAACCUGCAGAAUUUUGUUAUGCUUUUAUAGGAGAAACAAUGAUCCAUUCAUUUGACUUUAAUUUUUAUUUUCUUUAUCUGAAAACCAUUAGAAACUAAACCGUAUAUGUGGUUUCUAUUCAUUCCUACAUUUCAAAGUUUUCAAUGUAUGGCUAAUGGUAUGUGAGUUUACAUAACGAAUUUCCAGAGUCUGGAAAAAUAAUUUUAUCAUUUUUGCAAUUCAAAUAACAAAAGUAAACGUUUCACCUUAGGUAAUUGCCAAAUCCCAAGACAUCAGAUAGAAGUAAUUUAUGCCCACACAUGGAAGAAACUUCCAGUAGCUUCCCUACACAUCUAUAUACCUGAAAACUGAUCUUUUUCAUUGUAUUUCCUCUCAUUAGAACAGUUAAAUUCUGUUGUGUUUAUAUAGAGAAUUCACAGAUCUAUUCAUUUAAUGUCUUAUUUUGAAGUUUUCAUGUCUUUUGACUGAAAGUACAUUAGGUCUCACACAAAGAUUCUAAAUGUGUUCAGAUUUAUCCCAACUUAUAACCAUCCUUAAAUUCAAAAAUGCCUAUCAUCUUAAGUAUUGAAAAAUCUUUUGCCUUAGCAAAAGUUGUUUUUAGAAAAGUUCAGUAAACAGUGUGUAAAAAAGAAUAGUCAAAACCAAAGGAAAGUCAGAUGACUGGCUUGUAAAUACCGUUCUGACCCUCACCCCAUCCCAAAUGUUCUUGGUACACAGUAAGGAAAAUAAUAUCGUCCAGGAAAGUAAUUACAGGAAGUUAAUGUUUAGGAGCACUUAUUCUUAGAUCUGGCUCAUUGUUUCCUUCAUUCUGUAAAAGCUCACUUGGGAACAUGAUCUUUGAACAAACUGGAAUGUCAGUUCUUUACGAUGUAUAUACAGUAUAAACUACCUCACUUGCUUUUCUUGGGGAAAAAACUAAUAGACUUUAACAAUUUUUGUUACAAACUGUCUUAGUCAUAUUAUUUAAGUCACUUCAGUUAGCUUUAAAUGUGCAUUUAUUAAUAUGCAUUUAAUGAUGUAAAAUAUUUUUAGCAAAGUUUAAAACCAACUACUCUGUAACUGUGACCUGUGGUAUACUCUGAGAUCAUCCAUGGUCCCUCACUGAUUAUCUUGUGUUUCUAAUCAGGUGGAAAUGCAGGUUUUCAGAAGCAGGAAUGUCCAUCUUUUCUUUCAGACAUUUACAACUGUUGUCCGCAUAAUUCAUUUGGCUGAAAAGUAACAUGAGAAUAAGAUGUCCCUUCAUUUUUUCACAUAGAUAUUACUUGCCUAAAUAGUCAAUAUAUUAUGAGAUUAAAGAGUCCCCUGACAGACAUUUUUUUCAACUGUUUUCCAUAAAUAUGUCACACUAAAAAAUAAAAUAACUUGGGUUUAAAGCAUUCCUUUCAAGGAUUUUAACAGUUUUAUAUAUACAUACCUAAUUUUAAAAAUAACAUAUUUUCUUUCAGGGACUUUCCAACUAUUUUCUCAAAUUGUGUAAAUUGAGAAAUCUUAUGUUGCUGGAAAAUGCCAAUGUAUGUUUCUUCCCAUCUCAAAAGUUCAUAUUGACUCUUGUCUCUUCAGUUUUCAUUGUCGUGUAGCAUGAGUAUGUUGCAUUUUAACCCCUAAAAAUAAAGAAAAAAAACCAAAAAUA